UCAACGUAGUAACUUCCAUCUGUCCCCCCCCACCAUGCAGCUCUCCACAGCACUUCUAUUCCUGCUGCUCACGGCCACUUCCUUCACCUCCCAGGUGCUGGCUCACCCAGGUUCCAUCCCAACUUCCUGCUGCUUUACCAUGACCAGUAAGAAGAUCCCCAACACACUACUGAAGAGCUACAAAAGAAUCACCAACAACAGAUGCACGCUGAAAGCCAUAGUCUUCAAGACCAAGCUUGGCAAAGAGAUCUGUGCUGACCCCAAGAAAAAGUGGGUCCAGGAUGCCACAAAGCACCUGGACCAAAAACUCCAAACUCCAAAACCAUAAACAACCUCCUCUUUUGACACUAACCCAGAGCCUAAGAAAUGCUUGAUUCCUUCUCUUUUCUAAGAUAUGCUAUGGGAGAAUAUCGGCACCCAUCCCCCAAGGACUUGGCUUCAUGUAGUUACAGAUGGGACUGGAAGUCAUGAUGUUUGAUGAGAUAAGCCAGACUCAAAAGGUUGUGUGAUUUCUUGCAUAUGCAACAUCUUAAAAGGAGAGAGCAUGGAAGGAGAUGUAGGAUUAUUGAGGAAUAGAAAGGAAUGAGUUAGGGGUAACUGAGGAUGAUAGGAGGACUAAAUACUAUCAAAGCACCUUAUACACAUAUGAAAAUGUCAUAACAUGACCCAUUGUUUUUCAAAAUUAAUAUACACUGAUUAAAAUGCUAAUAUUUAAGGACAUGUUACAUUUAAGAAAUUGGAAUUUUAAAGCAUAUUUUAAUGGAUCUUGGUUCUUUUUGUUGUUUUGCUGUUUGCUUGUUUGAAAUAGGGUCUCACUGUAUCACCCUGAUUGACCUGCAACUUACUAUGUAGACCAGGCUGACCUCAAACUCACAGAGAUUUACCUAUUUCUGCCUUUAACGUGCCAUCAUGCCAAGCCAGAAUGGUUUUAGUAUUAGUAUGUACUAAUUAUGUAUAAUAAAAAAUUUUACUACCACA